AUGGAAAAGCAAAAUCCUCUGGAGGACUCGGGAAUACGCCCCAUUGCCGAAGCGCACCACGCCGAUGUUUCACAUGAGCACCCUAGAGUUGAAGCAACUCAAGAAGAUACAGAGAUGGCCCUAGAUGAUAAAACUGACCAGACCGAGGGUCACCAAACGACGACUUCUCAGAUUCAAGCGCAUUCAGACACCCAAGCCACCAAAGCUGGAACCUCAUAUUUACCUUCUGAAGCCGCGGCCGAGCCAUACCAAGCUAAGACUUCAAAUUUACCCCAGCCAGUUUCGCAACAUGAAAACCCUGAUGUCGAUAUGGUCGCGGCCGAAGUCAGUCAAACGGAAAUUCAAAGGAACCCAUCACCUGUCGAGGCAUAUGUAGGCAGUGUCUCUAAUGUGCAGAACCCCAACCCCGAAGUUGAUGAUGGCUAUUAUCCCACAUCCCUGCGCAUAGACUCAGAGAGCAGCGAUACGGACUCGGCUCUCGGCUCUGAUGUUCAAUCUUCCACCGUGUCUUUGAGGGAGAGCCUUUACGAGUCAGUUGAGGAGAACGGACGAGCGUACCAUAAGUACAAGGAAGGAGUAUACUACCUGCCUAAUGAUGAUGUGGAGCAGGAUAGAUUAAAUCUUCAACACCACCUUUGGACUCUUACACUUGAUGGAAGGCUUCACCUCGCACCUAUUUCGAAUCCACAGCGUGUCUUAGACAUAGGUACCGGCACGGGACUUUGGGCACUGGAAUAUGCAGAGAGAAACCCCUCCGCAACGGUCAUAGGAACAGGUACUUUCCCAUCUCUUCCCCAGUAUCAGUCUACUUACCUGCCUUCAGAUCUCAGUGCAAUUCAACCAGAAUACGUGCCACCAAACUGCCAAUUCGAAAUCGACGACGCAGAAGAUGAGUGGAGCUGGAGCCAGAAAUUUGAUUUCAUCCACGGCCGUAUGCUUUUUACCUGCUUUAAAAACCCCGCGGAAAUUUUCCACCAAGCAUUCGCCUCCCUAAAACCAGGCGGGUACAUGGAGAUGCAAGACGUGCUAUUUGACUACCUCUCUAUUGACGACACGCACGUGGGAUCCUGUAUCAAAGCAUGGAACAGUAAGCUGCACGAGGGCGCUCGCCGUAUUGGGCGGGAUUGGCGCUGUACUAAAGAUUAUGCGCGGUGGAUGCAAGAAGCUGGGUUUGAAGGUGUGGUGGAAAGACGAUUUGCAUGGCCAAGCAAUACUUGGCCGAAGGGACGCAAGCAGAAGCUACUGGGGUUAUGGAGUAUGAGUAAUUUCCUAGAAGGUUUACCCGCGAUUUCAAUGGCGAUUAUGACGCGGGCGCAUGGGAUGACUAGGGAGGAGGUGGAGGUGGGGAUGGUGGAUGUGAGAAAAGAUAUCAAGAGUAAGGCGAUUCAUGCGUAUGUUCCGGUAUAUGUUGUUUACGGGCGGAAGCCAAUGCCUUCGCCGCUGCCCUGGCAGAAUCCCUCGCCACCCUCUGAUCCUGAAGCCACAGUUACAUAA